AUGCCUCUGAUUCAAGGGCGUGCUGGGAUUAUGAAUAUGAAAGCUGAAUUGGUGAUACCCAUAAUUCAUGUUAUGGAUAGCUUCGUUGGGCCUAUAGCUGAUCUACCCUACACUCUCUCAGCUCUUAUAGAGGGGAGCAUCUCCCUCAACAGAAUACGCGGUUAUAUAUUUAAACCUAAAAUAAAACAAAUAAGAGAUGCAGCACAAACAAAUGCAUAUCGACACAGGCCUGAGGAAGAACCGCUCCUUAGGAGGGCACCAGGAGAAGACGUAGAAGAUAAUCAGCUGCUGCUGCAGCAGCAGCAGCAGCAGCAGCAGCAGCAGCAGCAGGAUUUGAUUGAAGUGGCAAGAAAAAUGCUCGAAGCUGUCAACGACCCACGAGUGAAGGUUCGUUUCCUCUCUGCAUCUUUCUCGUGGUUGUCUGCAUCAGCAGCAGCAGCAGAAGCAUCAGCAGCAGCAGCAGUAGCAGCAGCAGGAGCAGCAGCAUCAAUUCCUUGUGCUUUUCCGUCUCCUACUGUGUCGAUCUAUCCAUCGAUUGAAGCAGAGAGAAUUCAGCUGUCUCUGCAGCAUAUUACUCUCGAUAUAAAAAUAGGAAAAACGGUUCUCCUCACGGGGCCACCAGGAAGCGGCAAAAGCACUCUGCUGCAGGCAGCGCUACAAGCUGAGAGCCUCUGCAUGACGGCGGGUGCAUGCUAUAUCAACAGGGGUUUGGGUCUGGAUGAUCUGCUUAAAAACAGCAGCAGCAGCAGCAGCAGCAGCAGCAGUCAGAAAGAAAAACAGCAGCAGCAGCAGCAGCAGGGUGCUGCUGCACCAGUGGGGUAUGUGCCUCAAGACCCUUGGUUGUGUGGAGGAACGAUCCGAGAGAAUAUUUUGCUGGGUGAGGUUUUUCACGAGUGUACAUACACCGCAGUGGUAGCUGCAUGCGAGCUAAACAAAGAUUUCUGCUGCUGGAGAGAUGGAGAUCUCCGUGUUGUUGAUGAGGGGGGGCUCAGUCUCAGCGGGGGGCAGCGCGUUAGAGUGAAUAUAGCCAGAGCUGUGUAUAGUUGCAAGAUGCAUCAGAUGAAAAUUAAACAACUCAAAGAAAAAGCAAAAGAAUUGCUGAAAAAUAAAACAAAAAACAUGAAAAAUGAUAUAUAUGCUGAGGUGUAUAGGCAGCUCGGUGCCGAUGCCACCGACGCAAACAAAUUCAAACUUGAAACAGAAAAAGAGAAACCGAGAGAAAAAGAAGAAACAGUAGAAAAAGAAGAAACAAUAGAAAAAGAAAAAACAAUAAAAAAAGAAAUACCAGCAGAAAUCCCCCAAGCAAAAGAAGAAAAAGAAGAUGAUGAUCGUUUCGGGUGUAUGUUGUGUUUUGAUGAAUGUUUUAAUAAUUUAGAUAUUACCGUCGCAUUUCAUCUUUUUUGUAAUUUGUUUGGCACUAAUGGACUUCUAUCGGACUCUGCUGUUUUAGUUUCUCUCAAUGAUAGCUCCUUAAUAGGACUCAUAAAACAAUACGCACAUCAACAGCAACAACAGCAACAGCAGCAGCAGCAGCAGCAAGAGCAACAGCAGCAGCAGGAGCAGCAACCGCAGCAAGAAGAACAACAGCAACAGCAGCAGCAGCAGCAGCAACAGCAACAGCAACAGAAGCAGCAGCAACAGCAACAGCAACAGCAGCAGCAGCAGCCGCAGCAGCAGCAGCAGCAGCAGCAGCAUUCAGGUGUAGAAGGUUCAGCUUGUGUUUCGUCUUCUCCUCAAUUUGUUUCUUUUUCUGCUCGCCGCAUGAAAUUUGAAAUAUGUCGGUUGGUGGAUGGGCGAGUGGAGUGGCGAGGAGAUGACGAGGAGUUUAUGGAUUUAAUAAAGAAAACAGAAAAAAUAAAACAAGAAAAACAAAAACAAAAGGAAAAACAAAAAGAAAAAAAACAAAAAGAAAAAGAAAAAGAAAAAGAAGAAGAAGAAGAUAAAGGAACUCUAGGAAGAAUCGAAGAUAUUUUAGCAGCAAGAGAAGAAGAGGAAAACAAAAAAGAAAAAAAACAAACACAACCAGGUGUACGUACACCUGAAUCUCCAUCAUCAUCCUCAUCAGCUUUCUCUGCUAGUAAAGCCGAUGAUAUUUCAUUUAAUUUAUUUAAACCCCCCACCACCCCCAGGACGCUACAUACACCGGAGGAGACAGCCAGCGGGUUGGUGGCGUUCUCUUCUUACUUAUGGUGA